AAGAUAGUCAAUCCACCAUAUUUUUUGCAAACUCCAGCCAGGUAGCGCAUAAAAGUGUUCGGAAAGCCGUGUUUCUGGUCGUGUGUUCUUUAUUUCGAGUUUAAUUGCGUGUAUUUUGUUGUGUUUGUUCCAUUUUUCGACUCCAUCGGUUAGAUCGAACCGAUUUAUUCUGUUGUGCAUAGUUUAAUUUGCUGACCGGAUCCUAUAACGGCUGCAUUUUUUCUGAGUUUGCGUUUGCCUGGAGCAAAGGAAGAAAAAAUCACGCAAUACUCGUUGAAAGGAACGGAAAGUUUAAUUUUUGGAGCAACUGUGUAGACCACGAAAAAAAGCAUAUUUCUGAUCGAACUGUGUUCGAAAUUACUAAUAAAGGGUUAAAAAACAAUGGCCUCUACCAAACCAGCCGUGGACCCGGUGGAUGUGGAGAGCGAGGAACAUGAUGCCAACUAUCAACCACCGCCGCAGAAAUCCAUCGAGGAAAUUGUCGCCGCCGAUGCAGAGGACGAAAGUUUACGGAAGUACAAAGAAGCUCUUCUAGGCGAGGCUCAAAGCGAGAAAAUUAUUUACGAUGACUCCGAUCCCCGUAAAGUUAUCGUCAAGAAGCUGUCGCUACUCGUGGCCGAUCGUGAUCCGAUGGAGCUGGAUCUAUCCGGUGAUAUUUCCAAGCUGAAAAAGAACGUAUUUGUGAUCAAAGAGGGUAUCCAGUACAAGAUUCGUAUCGAUUUUGUCGUACAGCGAGAAAUUGUACACGGACUGAAGUAUGUGCAGAAAACCUACAGGAUGGGUGUGCCUGUGGACAAAAUGACCCAGAUGGUCGGUUCGUACCCGCCAAAGAAGGAAAUCCAGAGUUACACUACCCCUUUCGAGGAGGCACCGUCCGGAAUGAUGGCCCGUGGAACCUACUCGGUGACUUCUCUAUUUACCGAUGACGAUAAGAACGAGCACCUCAAAUGGGACUGGAGUUUCGAGAUCAAAAAAGACUGGCAGUAAUGAAUUUAUUUUGAGAGUAAACACACGAUGUAUAAAACUAUCUAUCAACAAGUUAAUAUUAUAUACAAACUGAUUUACUAAGACUAAAUUUAACAACUUGUAGUGGAGAUUAUUGGAAGAGAGACGGGUACUAGGCUUUGUUAAAGUGCGCCUUGAACCGGGUAGGCAUAUAGUUCGAAAAAGAGGGAAUCAACAAUAUUGUAAUGAGCAUCCUCGUGAUGAGACAAUUUUACCGCCGCUUCCAAUUGUAGUCAGGAGUAAUAUACCCAGUGUAAAGUUUAUAAAUGUAUGAUAGAAAUAUGAUAGUAAAAAAACAUGCGGAGAAAAUCGGAACCCUCAAUUGCAAGCGUUAUGCAAACCCUUGUUAAGCAGCAGCAGCAAAUGCAAAUUAACUUAAAUGAAAAUGUGACUGUUAUACACCUCGUGUCUAUUAUCACCAUUGCUAUAAUUCGUUUGCUAUGCAAAACCAUUCAACAAGCUAUGUAAUGGGUUAGUAAGUGUAAAAGCUUUCGAAGCGUUUUGUCUUAACGGUAUUAAAAAGAUGGUAUUAUUGUCGCUUCUUUUGCUCGUUUAGAUUUCUUGACUAUAUCAGAUGUUCCGUGAGUAGGAAACAUUUUCGCCGUUUUGAGGUCAGUCUGUAGUAAGUAAAUGUUUACGUUUGCUCACAUCCCUUUCCUAGGUGCGUGUACCACUACGAGUCGUAUAAAUGCUCUGCCAAAAGUCUGCUUCAUAAAGCAAUAAAAUCGUUGAACUGUAUUCAAAGAAACCUGUAUAUCCAAAAGUGCUACCUUUUUAUAUAAUAUAAGAACUACAAACCGAACAAAAUCAAUACAAUUCAAUCAUGAUAGCAAGAUUUGACCUGUUACAACCAUGCAAAGUAAAACAACACAAAUAAACCAUAGUGCUUUUGUCGUAUGUUUGUUCAUUUUAAAACCAACCAUCAACCACCAGUAGAUUGGCCAGAUGUUGCAUUUAUGACAAUAUUAUUUUGAAUUAUCUAUAAGCCAUUUUAAUUAGAAUUCGGCCACAAUAGUUUAAGCAGAAUUGAAUGCCAUACAACAGGAAACAAUCAAACAUACAGUACGUUAUAAAUCAUCUGAUUGUGCUGCAAGAAUUGGUCGCGGUCGAAGUACAUCAACCCAUACACCAAUAGCCUUAACCGAAUAGAACCGAUAAACAUUUGCAUUAGUGCAUAUAAUUCAAAGAAUAAAGUCAGUUUUGUGCUCAACUUGUUCAAAAGAAA